UUCCUGCGCGCCGCUCAGAUCGUGGUGGUUGUGUCGGAGUGGGCAGUGUGGGACUAUGAACCACAACUUUACUUCAGAUUCUGAUUUAAAUAAGCUGUAAAAAGCCUCUUCGUUUCCUGGACGCUGUGUAGUUUCAGUAGAAGGGCUCGUAAACUCAAAAACAGCUGGAUUAAAGUGUUUUCUCGGGCAGGUGGUGCUGAACUCAGUUGAGCCCCUUGAAAGAUGUCUGAUGAAGAUGAAGCCCCUCUGGUAAAAAGGUCUCGGAUCUUCUAUGGAAGUCUUGAAGAAAAGGAGAGGGAGCGUCUUGGCCGUGAGGGAUCCUCAGGCUCUGGGAAAGAUGCUAUUAAAGCUGGAAUUGAGGCUGGAAAUAUUAACAUCUCCAGUGGUGAGUCAUUGGAGAUCGAGGAUCGUGUGAAUGAGAGGCAGGCGGAGGUCUUGGCUGAAUUUGAGCGCAGAAAAAGAGCCCGGCAGAUUACAGUCUCUACUGAUGAUGCUGAAGUCAAAGCUUGCCUGCGUGCUCUGGGAGAACCGAUUACACUGUUUGGCGAGGGCCCUGCUGAGAGACGAGAGAGGUUGAGGAACGUCUUGUCAGUAGUGGGUCCUGAUGCCCUGAAGAAAUCCAAGAAAGAUGAAGAGAAAGCAAAGCAUUCUCAAGAGGAUUCUCAGCAGACAUGGUACCACGAGGGCCCUGACACCCUGAAGGAGGCACGUCUAUGGCUGGCCAAGUAUUCACUUCCUAGGGCUGUGAAGAGGUUGGACAAAGCUCGCGCUCACAAAGAAAUUCCAGAGUCUACACGAACAGUACGGCAACAGGAGCUUCACAAGACCCUCAGGAACCUGAACAACUUCUGCAGUCAGAUUGGAGAUGAUCGUCCAAUAUCCUAUUGCCAGUUCAGCCCUAACUCCAAACUGCUGGUCACUGCCUCUUGGAGUGGCCUGUGCAAACUCUGGAAUGUCCCAGACUGUAGCCUUGUUCGUACAUUAAGGGGCCACAACACCAAUGUUGGAGCCAUUAGCUUCCAUCCACAGGCCACGCUCACUCUGGAGGAGUCAAAUGUCAACAUGGCUUCCUGUGCUGCAGAUGGAUCUGUUAAACUGUGGAGUUUGGACAGUGAUGAGCCUAUUGCAGACAUCGAAGGCCACUCAGUCAGGGUGUCUCGUGUAGCAUGGCAUCCUUCUGGACGCUUUCUAGGCACAACUUGUUAUGAUAACUCAUGGCGACUGUGGGAUCUUGAGGCACAGGAGGAGAUUCUUCAUCAGGAAGGCCACAGUAAAGGCGUCCAUGACAUAGAUUUCCAUCCAGAUGGAUCAUUAGCAGGAACUAGUGGUCUGGACUCAUUUGGUCGCAUAUGGGACUUAAGGACUGGACGCUGCGUCAUGUUCCUUGAGGGGCAUCUCAAAGAGAUUUACGCGAUCAACUUCUCUCCAAACGGUUUUCAUGUGGCCACUGGGAGUGGAGACAACACAUGUAAAGUGUGGGACCUGCGGAGGAGAAGGUGCAUAUACACAAUCCCUGCUCAUCAGAAUCUACUGUCUUCAGUCAAGUUUCAACCAACGGAUGGUCAUUUCUUGCUGACUGGUGCUUAUGACAAUACAGCGAAAGUGUGGACGCACCCUGGCUGGUCUCCUCUAAAGACCCUGGCAGGGCAUGAGGGCAAGGUUAUGGGACUAGAUAUGUCUCCUGAUGGACAACUAAUUGCCACCUGCUCCUACGACCGCACCUUCAAACUCUGGGUUUCUGAAUGAGCACAACAAGCCUGUCUGUGUGUUUUUUAUUGGAGCGGACGCAUUAGAGUGAUUGACGAUGUUUCUGUUUUUAUUUACAGCAUUUUAAUUCCAUUUGAAUAAGUUUGUCAUAUUUCUUUUAUGUAGUGAUCAACACAACUGUGUAGAUGAUUUGAAUGCUUGGAAGGUUUAUUUCAGUUGUUUUGUCUUUGUUGAUCCUCAUGUACUGCCUUUAUUAAAAACAAGAGUCCUUUUU